AUGGCGCCGGAGGCUAAUAACGGGUCAAUAAGGAGCCCGCCUAAUUGGCACCGCCUGCUGGCGCUGAAGGGCGCAGAUUUACGGCCUCCAGGGGUUACCGGGGGCGCGGGAACCCAGCCUGCGGCCCAGCACGGCAAGAGGGCUGGCUGGCACCGAACCCCCCUGUGUACGCACUCAGCAAAUUUGGUCCGCGGCGGGUUCCAGCCGCGCCUUCCGACUUCGCUGCCGCCCCCAGGGCAGCAGCAGCAGCCGUCGCCGCUACCACGCCGACAGCCCGUCCCGUUGAUGCCUCCCGCGCAGCUUCAUCCGGGAGCGCACCAGGUGGUCACUCCGGCGCCUGCGGUCCCUCUUCAGUCGCCACCGCCUUCGGAGCUGAUGGACGUCGACCCCUCAGCCGGGCCGCCUUCCCAAGCGGUGGCUGUGCAGCCUGUCCUGCAGCCGCUUUCCUUGGGCACCCCCAAGGAGUCUGACACCGCAGCGCCUUGUCCGGCGCCCACUCAGCAGCCGUCGACGAAGCGUCAGGAGACGCUGCCUCUCUUCGUAGAUCCCGACGCCCCGUUUCCCUUCCACUGUAUUCGAGUCCCUGUGGCGCUGCAGGUUACGCGGCCAGUACCCAGCCUGUCUGUGGCACGAGUCCGCCCCCAGCGGCCGCCUCUAUUAGGGGCGCUGUUCUCCUACAGGGCUGUAGGCGGCGGGGCGGGCGGGGGUGGGCAAUACGGCGAUUACGCGCCGCCGCCCCCGGGGCUUUGUACUGGCCGCCGCCGGGCUCUGCGCUAA